UGGCUCGUUCAGUGUACCGCUGGCGCUGAAAGGCGCACGGUUGAACGGCGGCCCAGCCCUCGCUAUUUGCGGAACAAUACAGGCUUGAUGUGCGCAUGCCAGUGGGAAAGCGCGGGAGGGAAAACGCGCGAAUUGCUCGCCAGUGCCAGUCAGCCAGUGUAGGCCCGUUCGCGCGACCGGCCGCGCGCAGCCGCCAACCACGCCUGCGCCCUGGCGAACGAUGUGGGCCGCGUUCGCCGCGGUGUCACGUUCUCCGAAUCGACCGUAGAUAACACAGCCAUCGUGACUGAAUUUCAGUGUCAAAAGGUGCGCGUCCGCGAGUUCUACAUCGCGAUGCAGCGUUGCCCCUACAUCCACGAGAUGAAGGAGCGGCUGCUGGGCGCGCCAGUGGACGGAGCAGACCGGGAGCGAGUGCAGGCGGACCCCCUCCACCCCCUCCCCGACCCACAGGUCGGCACUAUCGUCAAACUGAAUUCCGACGGGUACGGAUCCCACACGUCGCCGGCGCGCGCGCCGCUCGUCACGGACGAGUGCGAAGCGCCGGCGGACGAGACUGACGCCCUCACACCCACAGAAGCAGUGCUUCGGUAUCGCGCCUGCUGUCAACCUAACACCAAACCUAAAAAUGCCAAAACAUCGCUAUUCAUCAUUUCAAGUUUCAUUUAUGCGAAACUUCUGGUGGUCGUAUGUAUUGCGUACGUUAUCAGUGAUGUGAUCACUCAUAACCUACCGCUCUACUACUAUGAAGGGUUCUUCACAUACUUAUAUGGCAUGAGUAUAUUAUUCCUGCUGUAUGUCUUCUGCUUUCUUUUACAAGAAAGCACAUGCUGCAACGGGAGUCCACCAAAACCGAAACCACCACCAAAAGAAAAGAAACAGAAGAAAGAAAAAGAAAAGAAGACCAAAGACAAAGAAGGCAAAGAUGGUAAAGAUGGAAAGGAUGGAAAGAAAGAUGGCAAGAAAGACGGAAAAAAUAAGGACAAAGACAAGAAGGAGGAUAAUGGAAAAGACAAAACCAAAGAUGGCAAAAAGCAAAGUCAAUUUCAGGAGGUGUAUCCCCGUAAGAUGCGUGAUAAAGUUCGACAACAACAAUUGCAAAUGCAAAUGGCGCAAUAUUAUGCCUCCGAACAGCAACAAGACGUGGUGGAGCUUGAAGCGGGUCCCGUGGCACGACCUAUGCGCCGUCGCAAGACUUCUCAAAAUGAACAUAGCCAUGGCAGCUUUUUUCUGAGAAUUGGUGCUAUUGCUUUUGGGCUCGGUACUAUGAUUUACAAUGGAUUGGAGUUUGGUACUUUCUUUGAGUUACCACUCGACUCACCGUGCUACCUAAUUUUGAAAGGCGUGAACCCGGUCCUACAAAUGGUUUUUACCUUCAUGCAAAUGUAUUUUAUAUUCAUGAAUUCCCGACUAAAUAUUCAUCGAUUUAAAGUGAUCGCUCGUUUUGGUUUAAUGCACGUUGUUGCUACCAAUAUUUGCGUAUGGAUACGGACACUGGUGCUGGAAUCUCUGAAGGAAAUAACUGAUUAUCAUGUUAAAAAUCCUCAAGGAGUUGCCGGGGAAGGUGUACUUGGCAAAGUUAUCCGCAAGCAUACCUUAAGGCAUUCUGGAAAAGUUUUUGGAGCGGUUGCUACUGCGACGACAACGUUUGCCACCACAGCUGCCACUAUUGCCAAAUCUACUGGAGAGCAGAUACUAAAUGUAAUAACAACAACAGCUGUUCCAACCACUACUCCAACAACCACGACCACUUCCUCACCAUAUCAUAAUAUCGGUGGUGGUUCUGUUACUAAAUCUAAAGUCAUCGACUCGAUAAAGGGUACUAUAGGGUAUGAUGCUGGACUACAUUUCGGUGGGAAUUAUAAAGGUGCAUGGCCGAACGAUAACCCAUUUACGACUACUUCCACAAUUUCACCAACUACUGUUGAAGCAGACAAAGUAACACCAACACAAACAGCAAUGUUGGAAGUAUUCCAAUGGCUGUAUUCAUCUACUAUGAAACCGAUUAUAAGUACAAUGUCCACUCUGGUGACAUCUACUUCAUCAGGAUCACUGCCAGAAAGAGAUGAGUGGGGUAAUAUUGUCGGAACAUACCGUGUAGAUGAACCACCACACUUGCCAGUUAACAACUCCACGGAAAUUUUCGAGUCUUAUGAUGCUUUAAAUCCGGCUGCAUUGAUUGCAAAUAUCGAUAAUACUACUGUCUGUGGAAGAAAUCCAAUUAUGGGAACAAUAGUUUCGGAUUCGGCUCCUUAUCUCUAUCCGUUUAUAAUCGAAUAUUCGUUGAUCGGAGCAGCUGUAAUUUACGUCAUGUGGAAGCACAUCGGUAGAUACCCCAGCGUGGCCAACGACGAAGAUCUGGAAAGACGUCUGGAAGCUGUUCUGUCCCGCAGGGCAGCGGCGUUGGCGGCGGCUCAGCGAGGCAACCGUGUAGAUUGCGCUGGAGCCUCCAAGGGCCUCUUCUGCGGACUUCUUCUACUCGUCGCGUCUCUCAUCUGCUUGAUCCUCUUCUUCGUUCUGAUAAGACAUCAAGAAUUGAAACGCUUGUCCAUUUACUUGGCUGAUGUUUCUCAUUGUGCUUUGAUGGUGCUGUCCAUUUUGGCUAUAUUGAUCGGAUUUAUUCGUGGUAGAAAAAUGAAAUGGAGUUCAAACCCUUCCUCCUGUACCGAACCUAUUCGCAGGGUGCAAUCAUUGAAGUUCCGCUCAGAAGAACAAUCGGAUUUGAAUGAUAUACUGCUACGUGUCUCUGCUUUUGGACUCUUCGUGUAUGCCGUGUUCAGUGUCAUCGCCGGUGGAAUGGGCGCUUUCACUCACGAGCCCAAUCUCUUAGUCAUGAUUACUGGAUGCUUGAGUGUUCUUCAGGUAGUUCUGCAGCUACUGUUUAUCGCCGAUGUGUCCCGUCGCCGCGUCCAUCUUCCAGAACAAGAACGCAGCAAGCCCGCUCGCCAGGCCGUUACAUUUUUGCUCAUUUGCAACGUCACCAUGUGGUUGAUUUACACGUUCGAAGCUCAAAAAGUCCUUGCUAAUCCGGUUCAACUUGAUUUCUACGGAUUCGUCGCCUGGUCACUCGUCCAACGCUUCACUCUCCCGCUUUGCAUCUUCCACCGUUUCCACUCGGCUGUCACCCUAGCUGAGAUUUGGAAAACCAGCUACAAAGCGCGCCUUGAGUGAAUAACGUCGGCCACUGGAUGAUUUAAAAUCUUAAUUAGUCCAAAGUUGAUCGCCCUGAUCCAAACUUGAUUUCGUCCUUUUCCGGGACAGCAAUUUUAAAAUUAGAAUUUUUCUGCCAGUUUCAAGUUUGCGAUAGUUGAUUUUCAGUAAUAGUACGUAGAUAACGAUAGGAGGAAUUAAAUCGUUUUAUAUUUUACUAUAGAUUCGAAUCUUGUUCAUAAUUCAUUGCUCUCCCGGAAAGUCAGCAAAGGGCGAAUAUCGCAAAAUGAACCUAGCAAUCGAAUUGUCAAUCGAGAUAAUUUUUAUUUAGAAUUUUUAUUUUUUAUUCACAUUCCACAAUACAAUAGUUUUGCAUUACAUUUAGUUAUUUUAAAGACUGAUUGAGCAAAUGGUCACGAAAUUCUUGGUGAAUUUAAUAUAAAACAGUUCAAUACGUAUUCAAUAAUUGCUCACGGUGAAAUGUUUGAACAAAAUUUUAAUCUCCAGUUGUGAAAAGAUCCCUCCUUUUUUAGACAUAAUUUGAGUGCCAUGGUUGUAGAAUUUAAGAACUUUUUGAAAAUUGACAAUAUUUUACAAUUUCAUUUACUCGUCAGUUAGGUUCACGAAAACAACACAGAAGCAAUAGAACACCUUGGAAGCCUUAAUUUAAUAUCGUCUUUACAUAGUGUAGAAAAAAAUAAAUUUCCACAACUAUUAAGAAUUUUCCGUACUUGAGAUGCGUAGGAUAUUUAUAAUUAAUUAGGAUUAAUAUUGCUAUGAAAGUAUCAAAAGAUUUAUUAGAGCUACGUAAUUAUUUGAUAUAGACGAGUAGGGUAAUUAAAUACGAAUAUUAUAUAGUUGACGUGUCGAAAAUUAAUAUCUUAUUAAUGUACUUAAAGUUACAGAAACACCAGAUCGUAUAAUGUAGGGACAGCAGUAAACUGCUCGAUGCGGAUGAGUUGGGUAUAUACCUACCUAUUUGAUUUUAUUGCCAGGGGCCAUAAGAAGUCUAAACAUUUAUUCACUGUCGCACUCUUCUGCAUUGCGUGUAUUUUUCGCAUUUUUGGAAUAAAAUUUAUUAAUCUAGAUAAUAUUAAAAAACUUUUUGGAAUGAAUGUUAGUUGAAAUAAUUAAGUGUGAAAAAAAUAUUUAGCUUCUCAUUUCUUACAAGAUGGUUUCUCUGUAAUGAUUGGUGUUUAUAAAAUCUACUUUCGAUUAGUUUUCGUUGAAAUCUCACAAAUAUUUUCGUAACGAAUUUUACGUGCAAUCUAUUUUUAUAGGCUGACUUAUUUUACACGGUAGGCGCGUGUAACUAACGCGUUAUGCGCAAUAUCAUUUCUACUUUACAGAUUUUGUAUAAAUAGGUCAUAUGAAAUUAUUUAUAAUAUAUUUAUUAAUUUUGUAAUUAACUUUAAGGUUUAAUGGUAUCUGAUUGCUCUUGGAUCAGAGAGUGGUGUGUGCUCACAUUGUGAGGUUUCGAGUGAACGUAGUGCGGAGAUUUUAACUGUGUAUGAUAUUAUUGUAUUGUUGAGAUUUCGUAAUUUAUCAAAAUUGAAUAAACCGUUUGGUGAUCGCUAAAAUCUUUAUGUAUUAGGGUACGUUUUUAAAGUGCGCAAUGUACGCCGAAUAUUGGACAGGGUGUUUUUACAAAGGCAAACACAUUAUAAGUUAGUGUUGCCAAUAAUGCAGGUAAACUGAUCUUGUCUGCCUUUGCCAUUGUCUAUAUCUUCAAAAUCUCUUACUCAUUACAAACACUUAUAUUUAUACUACUUUACCGGCAAUUUCGAACGGUAAUGAUUUCAACAUUCUGGAUUUCGUGGGCUUCAUUUAUAAAACGAAGAAGUCGACUAAAUAAGUUAAGUACUAUCAACCGUAACUUAUUUGGCAAUUUCUUUAGCUCGACUGGUUUAGUAGUAUAGAUGUGUUUGGUUUAUACAACGCGCUUCCAGAACUAUACCUUUUACAAACAAUUUCAAAACUUUUCCCUAUGCUCGGCGGAUUCCGGUCAUCAGAAAGUAUGUUUGGCUUGUUUAAUCACUGCCGUAAUUAAACCACUUUUAAUUGUAAGACUUUGAUAAAUCUAUACUAUUUCUAACUUGUUCAAUUUUGUAGUGAUAUUUACCGUGUACCUAAAUGUUUGGAACAAAGUGUACCGAUGUUUGUAUCUUUAGGUUUAAACAUUAUUAUGUGGAUACUCAGUCAGUGUUAUAGAUACUUACCAAAAAUUAAAAAUUUGGAAACUCUACAUACUUUAAAUAUAUAAUUAAUAUAAAUGUCUAUUUGAAUAAAUUAAAUAUUGUCUAAUACUUACGUGA